ACGUCAUAGUUCAACGUACGUCGUGGGUCUACGAAACGUCAAAUAGCGAAACGGAGAACCCUCAAACACGAAAAUUUUGUUUUUACAACAGCUCUACUAGACUAAGAAUGGAAGUACAUUUUGGCCGCAGAGCGUGUAUAAGGUAAUGGGCCUGGACCAGCUAGCAUUAUGUUGAGGGGUUGGUGCCAGCCAUACCACCUCGGAGAUACCUGACAGCCCGCAAACAAGGCAGAAACAUCCGUGCCAGUUUCGCUCAGUUGACAUCAAUGGCUGAGUGGAUUGAAACAGAAGAGUUCCCGCCACCAAGGGACGUAAUACCUACUCAAGUCUACUACAAUUCAAACCAAAUCAACAGAACAAAUUACACAAGCCGGUGUUCUAACGUAGAUGGCGCUGCAUCCAAAGUGACAGGAUGUGACCCUUCAGAUAUGGACAAACCAUCCUCUCUAGAAGACAUGGAGGCGUACGUUUCAUUCCGAAUGUCUCAAGUCACCGUAGACCUGUCGUCUGCUUCGGGAGGAUCUGACAAUGCAAUUGAUACGAAAAAGAGAACUAUUCCGACAACCAGUACGAAAGGUACGUCUGGAACCUAUAGUGAUCAGAAAACACAGACUUCCGCUAACAGAAGACGAUCCGACAACAUGUUUGGUCAAGGUGGUGAGUACGUUAUUAGUGAGACGGAUAAAGAACACAAUUUUGCUCCGACUGAGCAAGAUGAGGACUCAAGUGCAUCGAGUUCCGUAUCCAUGGAAACGAAAUGCCAUGCAAGCGACACAAAAAGGAGUAAGACAAACGCCUUUGUUGAUAAUUUGCAGAAAGAUAAGGAAAAAAGAAAACCUUUACCAUUCAAAACACAAAAGUCUUCUUCACAAUUAAAAAAAAAGCUGCAUUAUGAUCAAGGCAACAAACAGGAUGGCAGAAAACCCGUCAAUCCAAAAGAAACGUUACACUCAAUAAGCGUCACUGACAGUGGAUCGAAGCCUAAAAUUACAACAUUGUUUGUGAAAUUAGCAGAAACCAUAAGGGAGGAAGAUAUGAACAUUUUGGGGUAUAUUAAACAUCGUCUACAAAACAAGAUGGAAUUUACAUUAACAGGCCAAACCGUCGAAACACAUACUGGAAAUACAAUCAUCAGUCUACAGUUCCCAAGUAGACGUGCUGCUCAACGCCUUGAAGCUGAUCUUAAAACAGAUGAUGCCAAAUCCGAAACAAAAAUCUGCUGUUUUUAUUCAUUUGAAGACGCAAGCAAGACAACUAUGUCAACGAAAUUGAAAAGAGAUGGAAUGCUCAAUAAUUAUGUAAGGGAAAUGACAAAAAGAGCAGCUUCGUCUUUAACAAAGCAUAAAGCAAAGAUUGAUGAGGUGACAGAAAAACUGAAGAAACUAAAGAAGUCCAAAGAUAAAUUUAUGUCAUUAGAGGAAUACUUCGUUGUGGAUUCUGAAAGACAAGCAUUGAAAGAUAAACAAGAGGAACUGGAACUUCAACAAAAAGAGUUUCAAAACUUUAUUACGUCGGCUCAUCAAAAGUUCGUUGAAAUGCUGGACUCUGCUGUAUGUGACAAACCAGCUAUUUCAAUUAUGAAAGCUUUUGGCGUGGAAUGUAACAGACUUGAUAAAGCCUUACCGAUGUACGCAAGGAGAUCAGACAUACUUGAUAUUGUGAAGAACAAUCAGGUGUCUGUCAUCAUUGGAGAAACAGGAUCAGGAAAGAGUACGCAGAUGGCUCAGUACCUUUACCAGACCGAAUUUGCCAACGCAGGAAUGAUCGCUUGCACACAACCUCGUAAAAUAGCCGCCAUCAGUGUUGCUACUUACGUUGCUUGCGAAAUGAGUUCAUCUGUUGGACAGGUUAUCGGGUAUAAGGUUGGAAUGCAGGAAAAGAAGACGGCACUUACAAAGGUGCUAUUUAUGACCGAUCAUAUCCUAUUGCAGGAAUGUCUGAAGGACAGGAAGCUUUCCUCUUUUUCCUGUAUAAUCAUAGACGAAGCUCACGAAAGAAGUAUAUACACUGAUCUGUUACUCGGUAUGCUCAAAAGCUGUCUUACCGUCCGCACUGACCUCCGUGUUGUGAUCACAUCUGCUACCAUUGACCCUGAGGUCUUCGUCCAGUACUUCGGACAAUGUCCAGUACUACCUGUGUCAGGAAGAAUGUUUCCAGUAGAUAUCAUAUGGAAAGAACAAACUGCUGGUCAAGAAUCGUUUUCAAACCACAUAGAAGAAUGUGUCAGGAAGGCAAUUGAUGUGCAUUACAAUCAACCUGAAGGAGACAUCCUGGUGUUUGUUACCUCUCCACUAGAAUCAGAAAAAUGUUGCGAGAAAUACAAGGAUUACACCAAAGGUAAACCUCAGAAUUUUGUUUGUUUACAACUACAUGGAAAACUUCAGGCUGACGAACAAAGAAAGGUAUUCGACCCCCCUUCAGUAGGUAAACGCAAAAUCGUGUUCGCUACCAACAGUGCUGAGACGUCGGUUACCAUACCCGGCAUCAGAUAUGUUAUCGACACUGGCUUGGUCAAGGAAAUGAAGUACGAUGCAAAGCGUAAAAUGAACACGUUAAAUGUUACAACAGUGACGAAAAGUUCAGCCAAUCAGCGAAAAGGUCGUGCAGGACGAACUGGACCAGGUAUAUGCUACCGACUGUUCACAGAAGAUGAAUAUGACAGAAUGGAAACGAAUAUGGUUCCAGAGAUACUACGAGUGAAUCUUGGUCAGGCAAUGUUGAAACUGAUAGAGCUCAACAUUGACCCACUGGAGUUUGAUUUUGUUAUGUCACCUUCCGCGGAAUCUAUGGAGAGCGCAAUGGAAACUUUGGAAGAUAUUGGAGCAGUUUCAAAGAGAAAAAUCACAAGUCUCGGAAAAUGGAUUUCGAAGCUUCCCCUUGAUCCAAAACUAGGCGUGUUCAUUUACGACUCAUUGGAAAUUGGAGCUGGUCUUGAAGGAAUGGUAAUUGCAGCAGCUGCCAGUGGAUCCUCAAUUUUCUUUCGAGUAGGAACUGCCGAGGAAAAGGACGUUUCUGACCUGAAGAAGAUUCCAUUUUGUCAUGUUGAUGGCGAUAUGUUGACAAAUUUGAACGUAUUCAGGGAAUGGAGCAAACAGCCAGAGAAAUCAAAAGGGAAGUGGUGUUACAAAAAUUCAAUUAACGGCAAAGCAAUCAAAGGAAUACGAGAUAUCGUGAAUGAAAUUCUCACUACACUUAAAAGAGAAAUGAAAAUAACCGUACCAUUCAAGUUUGAAGAACCUGCAAAGAUUGACCUUUUGAUGAUAAAACCUCUCUUGAAAGUUUACCGGCAGAAUAUUAGCCACUACCUUGGUCAUCCGAAAGCAGGUUAUGUACUAGUCACGAAGGACCAAAGAGUAGAAAUUCAUCCAUCAUCAGCUUUGAUGUCUUUGGCCAGUCAACCAGAGUGGAUUGUCUACGACCAGGUGAUGAGAACAUCAAGGGACUUUGCGAUGGCCAUUACUCCGAUCAGUGAAGAUAUUGUAAAAAGGGGAAUCAAAGAAGGAGUUCUUGAUGUGGAUCUAGAGGAAGCAAAGGCAAAACGGAUAACUCCUGUUCAUAGAGAAUAUGUCGGAUCAGAAGUGCUCCGGCAAGUCGUUGGUCCAAGGUACACAUAUCUCCGAGAGUUUGAAGAUAAAUUAGUACAAAAAUGUCAUGGAUCUCUUGUGGUGGUGGAGGCUGACCGUAACAAUGGCGAGCUGAAGAUAUUCUCAAAAUUGUCCAAUCAACAAACACUGGACGGUUCGUUAGAAAACGUGCUUAACCCUAUCAAAAGUAAUUUCAUUGACGAGGAAAGAGAAGAAAAACUUGGCGUCAAGUCGACAGACCGAUCUGUUAGAGCUGUGGUAGGGGCUGGAGGCUGUACAAAGACUUUGUUUAUGCCUGAUGAGUACAAUGUCGUAAUGAUACAUUGUGCUGUCAACAAAAAGGAGGAAUUUGGAUACGAUGAUGUGUAUCAACACUUCAGUGAAUUUGGAAAAAUAAAAGAGUGCAAAAUGUAUCAUCACAAAAAGAAUGCACCGUCUCUAUGGGGUCAGGUAACUUACAAGAAAACAGAAGACGCAGUUAAAGCUGUCGCAGAAACACGAGGAAACCCAGAUCUUUCUGCCCGACCAAAUAGACGAAUGUCAAAUGAUAGGUCCGAGAAGUUCAAAGUCCGGAUACAGUGGUGUCGGAGACGUUCCCGAGGAUUUGCCUUCGUCAAUUUUGCGUCCUUUUUAGAUGCUGACGAUGCUAUUCGACGGAGUGACAUCCUAGUAGGAGACUCCUUUGCUAAGAUAAGAAAAGCUCAUCCUUCGCCAAAUCAAUCAGAUGAAGGUAAGGUGUUUGUUGUCGGACUAAGCAAAAUGGUUGAUGAAGACGUUUUAAGGGAAAGUAUAGCAAACGCUGGUGAUCUUGAUCCUAAUACAGAUAUCGAAAGGGUCACAGUUGUAAGAGAAAAAGUUCCACUGGAAAAGAAGGAUUUGAUUGACACAAUGAAAAGACGACUGUGUGCUGAAAUAAGUAGUUAUGUCGCACCCGGUUCAUACGAGUUGGAGCUAAAACCAUUACGAGAAGCCGACCACACCUUCUCUGCAUUCGUAACGUUUGAUAAUCCUCAAGAUGGCGAAGGAGUGUGUUAUAAAAUGGAUCAUUCAUUCAUAAUGAAUAAUCAGGUUGUCUCUGCCAAGCCAGUUCUGCAUUGUUCCUUGUAUAUCCCGAAGAGAAUUUACGAAAUGAGCAGCGACGCUAUAGAUCAAUGCGUCUUGGAUCUUGAAGAGGACGGAGUUCGGGUGAAGACAAAGACUCUUCGAAACGAAAACGUAGUCGUUGAUAUCAACACAGACGACGUAGAAACUCUUGUCAGGGCUAGACGGUCUUUUCAAGACAUUACCCAAGGGGAAAUUAUCGAGUGUGCAGAAUCAACUUCGUUGAAGUUGUUAUUCACAUGGGAAGGUAGGAACAAGUUAAAGCAGAUCAUGAAUCAAACAGGAACACUCAUCCUUACAGACAACAGGGUAAUGUCCGUCUCCAUCCAUGGGCUCCAACAGAAUCGACAAAAGGCAAAGCAAAAAAUAGACGAAUUUCUUUUGAUGCUUUCAACAGGCAAUUCUGAAGUGAUAGACUUAAAAGGCGAAGGAAAACCACCUGGAGUUUUGAAGGCAAUUCUGAUGAAAUACAAAACUGAUCUCUCUGGAUUGUGUCAGGAGACAGGCUUAGUUGCUGCUCGCCUGGAUCCAAGAAAACACAGAGUGACAUUGUUUGGAGAAGAUGAUGCCGUCACCAAGACAAAUGCAAUCAUCACAGAUAUCAUUGCAAAUUUGUCCCCCGAUGGACUAGAAAAAACCGAUGAACCAGAAUGUGUUACUUGUUUUUGUCCCAUACAGCAAAAAGAUUUGUACCGAGUGGAAUGCUGUGGUCACCCAUACUGUAAGGAAUGUCUCCAGGUUCAGAUCCAAAUGUGUAUUACCAACAGAGAAUUCCCUAUGAAAUGUGAACAGGAUGAGUGUACCACUCCAUUUACGUGGCAUGAUAUCAUUAAUCUGUCGAAAAUGGGUUUUGUCAAAGUCUCUGAAUUAACUGAUUCGUCAGUCAGUAAAUUUCUUCAAGGAAAUAAAAAAUUUCGCUUUUGCGUAACGCCCGACUGCCCUGUUGUCUACCGCGUAACAAAGACUGGUAAGUCAUUCAUCUGUCCAGAAUGUGACAUCAAGAUCUGCACAAGUUGCCAAGUACAGUUCCAUGAUGGCUUAACAUGUGCCAUGUUCAAGGUAGAGGGAAAUGAAGACGUGUCAAUGAGAAGGUGGCUCGAAAAGAACAAAGCGAACCGAAAAAGAUGUCCAAACUGUGCCACUCCUAUAGAAAAGAACGGUGGAUGCAACCAUAUGUCCUGUUUGACAUGUGGAAAGCAUAUCUGUUGGUUGUGUCUGAAUUUUUUUGAUGAUAGUGGUGCAUGCUAUGGGCAUCUCGAUAAAGCUCACGGCAGUUUCGUUUGAGAAAGUAAAUUAUUGAGCUAUUGUUUGAUGAUGUUUGACAAAACAUCCAUUAUCGUGAACUGUAUAUAAAACACUUGGAGUCGGUACACAUGACAGAUCAGUAGCAUGUGAUGUAACACGAAGAUACAAUCAUUCGUGAACAUGUGUUUAUAGACGAGUGUCAAGCUGCCUUGAUUCUGUAGUUAACACACUGCAUUCAGGGACCUCCUCUUGUACAUAAUGAGUAAUAUUAGUUCUUUAUAGUUUUCACAACGUAGACCGGAUCUAUUUUCAAGAAAGUGACAUAAUAGACGUCUGAGGAAACUUCAUAUCCUUCUUAAAUGUACUUAAGUUGCUUAUUUUCAUCUUUACUUAUGACAUGACCAUCAUGAACGACUAAUUAUUUAGCCACGCGAUAAGGUGACGAUUUUGAUUUUGUUAUCAUGAACUCUCCAUUUCUUGAUAGUAACAUCCUUUCUUCUCAAACCUGUGGUGUUAAAUGUGACAGUUAAUUCGAUAUUCGCUAAGUUGCUCGGGGUAUCAUGAAGUUCCUUACCGAUGUCGAAUACUGACGGAUUAACAUAGACAGUUUAACGUAAAACAUACAGGUGACUGUACCUUUAAAAUAUAACUGAUUUAGA